GCAUAGAGAAGAGCGCACUGCGCAUGCGCAUCACUGCUCACACGAACAGGCAUCAUGGCGGACGUGCUGGAUCUUCAUGAAGCGGGAGGAGAAGACUUUCCUAUGGAUGAGGAUGGUGAUGAGAGCAUCCACAAGCUAAAGGAGAAGGCAAAGAAGAGGAAGGGUCGUGGAUUUGGAUCUGAGGAAGGAGCGAGGUCCCGAGUGAGAGAAGACUAUGAUACAGUGGAACAAGAUGGUGAUGAGCCUGGCCCACAAAGAUCUGUUGAAGGAUGGAUCCUGUUUGUGACUGGCGUUCAUGAGGAGGCAACGGAAGAAGAUAUCCAUGACAAAUUUUCUGAAUUUGGAGAAAUCAAGAACCUGCAUCUCAACUUGGACAGAAGAACGGGUUACCUUAAGGGCUACGCACUGGUGGAAUAUGAAACGUACAAGGAGGCACAGGCUGCCAUGGAGGGUCUGAACGGUCAAGAUCUUAUGGGUCAGCCAAUCAGUGUUGAUUGGUGCUUUGUUCGGGGACCACCAAAGGGCAAGAGGAGGGGUGGAAGGAGGCGUAGCAGAAGUCCAGACAGAAGGCGACGCUGAUUUCCUCUACUCUGCUUUUUACAGAGCCUUGUAUUCCACACACAGUGUGACAGCAUGUGUUUCUCUAAUGGGCUGUUUUUAGAUUUUGGUGUUUUUGUUAUUUUCUGUUUUCCGUAUUGCCACCAGCUGCAGUGUGUAGCCUUCUUUGUAACGAAGACCGAACGAACUCUGCAGCAGCAUUUGUAAUAUUAAAGUUACGUUGUCUGUAUAGUAUUGGUUUUACUUUUAAUUUUUUGUACAAAAUUAAAGAAACUGGUCCUUUAAAACCUGUGUAGGUUUCCAAUGUCUCAUAGCACCUAUAGUAAUACACAGUCAUUAAUUUUAAAUGGUGCUCAUGUGUACACUUUCAAUAAAUUUUUGUUUGGGGCUA